UUAUAAAGCUCUCUCUCUCCAACCGGCUGCCUUCAUAUGUGUGCGGAUGCGCUGGCAGAGAGAGCGUUGUUUUCCACCAGCAGGUAUGGAGGAGUGCGUAAACUGAAGGAGGAAACACUUUUGCCUGCUCUUCCAGAAGUACCACAUCAUCCAGUUCUCUUUCUGGUUCUCAACCCUUAGAGGCGCAUCUGCGUUGGGACGCGUUUUGUUUUCUUGAGCAUCAACUGGUGCCAAACGCGCAUGGCGAUGCGCUGUGCGGAGUGAGCGGAUGCUUUUGCAAGUGAAAGGCGUGAUUGUGCGCCAGUUUGGAGGAGAGUUUGCGGCGCUCUGAUGCGGUGGAGGUGUGCGCAAAAACCCCGCUGGCGACGCGUCUGUGAUCAACACCCAGUCUGCAGUGCUUUGAGAACCACAAACUUAUCUUUGGGCAUUAGAUGGCCACAUCUAUGGCUAUUUUAGUGUCCCGUGAUUUUGUGUUGCAUUCACAAUGAAGUGAUUUAGAAUGAAGAUCUUAUUUGUUCUCCCGCAUUUAACGGAUCUGACAGACCAUUUCAUGUCGGCGACUCGGAUGGGUUUGCACGUACAAUAAAAAAAGAGACGUUUGUCAUUGAUGAUAGUGCGCGCAAGAGCGCAAAGAGUUGCAGUUUGCUUCGCCAGCGAGUCAGUUUAAAGCUGUUUUAUUGAGAUGAUUGGGUUUCUUCUUAACUUGAGUCAUUAAAUAGCAUUUUAAAAGUCGCCUAUGGUACAAAAACAAACGCACAAAAUGAACUUCGUCUUGAGUCUUCUCCUAACCUUGGAUUUAGCCACGGUGGCCGUCAGUCUAUCCACAUGCAGCAUUCUGGACAUGGAUCAGUUCAAGAAGAAGCGGAUCGAGGCCAUCCGUGGUCAGAUACUCAGUAAGCUCAAGUUGAGCAGUCCUCCGGAGAUCUAUCCCGAGCCCGAGGACGUGUCCCGGGACAUCAUCGCCAUCUAUAAAAGCACACGGGACCUGCUGCAGCAGAAAGCCAACGAGCGAGCGGCCACCUGUGAGAGGCAGCGCAGCGAGGAGGAGUACUACGCCAAAGAAGUGCACAAAAUAGAAAUGCAACCAUUCUACCCUGCCGAAAAUGUCAUCUCUCCAACACAUUACAACCCGUACUUCAGGAGACUGAGGUUUGACAUGAGCUCCAUGGAGAAGAACGCAUCCAACCUGGUGAAGGCCGAGCUCAGGAUCUUCAGACUGCAGAACUCAAAGGCUCGUGUGUCUGAGCAGCGCAUUGAGCUUUACCAGAUUUUAGGUCAUAAAGAGCUCACGUCACCCACACAGCGCUACAUUGACAGCAAGGUGGUGCACACCCGUACGGAGGGGGAGUGGCUCUCCUUUGAUGUGACGGAGGCUGUCAGUGAAUGGCUGCUGCACAGAGACAGAAACAAUGGAUUUAAGAUCAGUCUGCACUGUCCCUGCUGCACAUUUGUGCCGUCAAAUAAUUACAUCAUCCCCAACAAGAGCGAAGAGCUGGAGACACGCUUUGCAGGUAUAGAUGACAGCUUUGUGCAUGGAGGAGAUCUGAAGAUGUUUAAGAAGCGGCGACACAGUGGCCAGUCUCCACACCUGCUGCUGAUGCUGCUUCCAUCAUACCGUCUAGAGUCCCAGCACAAGAGCCACAGACAGAAACGAGCACUAGACGCAGCCUUCUGCUCCAGGAACGUGCAGGACAACUGCUGUUUACGCUCUCUCUACAUUGACUUUAAGAAAGAUCUCGGCUGGAGGUGGAUCCAUGAACCGAAAGGCUAUAACGCAAACUUCUGCGCAGGAGCCUGUCCAUAUCUGUGGAGCGCUGACACCCAGCACAGCAAUAUCCUCGGCCUCUAUAACACCAUUAAUCCAGAAGCUUCUGCAUCUCCGUGCUGUGUGUCUCAGGAUCUGGAGCCCCUCACAAUCCUCUAUUACAUUGGCAAAACACCCAAGAUCGAGCAGCUCUCCAACAUGAUUGUCAAGUCCUGCAAGUGCAGCUAGAACUGAUCAGCUCCCUGUUCACCAACACGCAUUCACACAAACAAACACACACUAACUUGCGUCAAGGUACAACAGAUUUAAUGCCAGGUUCUACAAGUACACACCCUCGCAAACACACACUCAUCUAGAUUGUGUGUGGAUGUGUGUACUUCUGCUGGAAAACGGGCCCUGUUGGCAUGCGUCACAUCAUCCGAUCAUCACUCUAUGGAUGUGAGUUUGGCAAACACUGGAAGGAUAUGAUUGGUGUCUAUAUGUGAAGCAAGUGGAAGAGAAGAUCCCUCGUUCCCACAUUUAUUUAAAGCAAACACUUCUUUCUGUUCUUUUGUAGUUAUUGUUGUUGUUGAUUUUGUUUCUCUCAAGACUACAGAUCUUCUUUGUUUGACUAUAUGUUAAUGUUAUUAACCCAUUAAUUGGUUACUGGAGGUAAUGACCAACCUCCCUGGUGACAGAUCGCAACAGAGUGAUGGAAAAUUGUCGGCAGUGUUGGAGAUAAUGCAAGCCUGAGAAAGACUAGAAUUAGCCACCGUAGGUGGAGUGAAAUGGUUCAAGACCAGCAAAUCAUGUUGUUCAUGUUGUUUCGGAAGUCUGAUUGAAGUUUAAAAAUGUUAAGUCUACAAGACUGAAGAGUUUGUAUCUUGCUUAUUUCAUUCCUGAAACAAAUCAUUAGUAAACAAAAAUACCAGCAUGACAGCACGUCCACCCGAAGGUUAGUUCAGAAGCAACGACAAACAUUGAGUGUUCUCUUGACUUGAAUUUGAUUUGAUCAUAAGGGUCCCAUAGUGCCCUGACAGAGCAAAUGCUGGCAAUGUUGUCACCCACUCAAUGGUUCACAGUGCAAUGGUCAAGCAAUAAAAGUCCCAUUCAUUUUCUCCAUAGAGAAUAUAUAUAUAUUUUUUUAAUGAUAAUGUAUAAACUUUUCCAACAGACCUACCAUGAGCUCUGAGGUUUUAAAUGUGAGAUUUGAAGAACUGUGCUGUGGUGAAGAACUACACUACCCAUAAUGCCGAAAAGAGAUCCACCAAUCAGAGAGGUCGCUGUUACCAUGAAAACAAGAGCUGCACCAUAAUAACUUGCAAAGACUGCCUCAGUGACGUAAUCAAGUCGAAAUGCUUGUAUAUCUGAAUACUUCUCAGUAAACUUUAAAUAUGUUGUACUUUGUACUUACAAUAAAUUACUAUAAGACAACAGUUUUUGAAUCGAUUACGUCAUUCGCAAUGCAUAAAUGAUGCAUAGUUCAUAAAAGAUGUUAAGUAUACAGUCUAAAACCUUUGUCUUUCUCAAAUACAUUUUUGGUUCUUAUCAAAUGAUGUAAUGUUGUGAUUAAUCUCAGAGCUAGUUGGUUGGAUUCAUAUAUUAGAAUACAUUACUUUCUUGAAAUCCCUGUGGAGAAAAUGAAUGAGAACAAAACAUUCGCUGAAAAAGAUUCACUGUUGUGCUUUAUAGUGGAAGGAAGUGAUGUCAUCGUGCUGCUAUAGAGAGUGAGGUGAUGGCAGGUGAUGCGAGAAGAGAGAGGAGUAUUGUGUCAGUAAGGUCAUAGACUAUAAUGAAAGGACGACUUUGAAGAAUGUGAAAAUAUAAUGGGAUAGGUUGUAUAAAACCCAUUCGACACCGGGCGCGUCCAUUGAUGCGACGCCACAGCUUGAGGCUUUCUACACUGGACACAUCGACACAAACAUUUUAAACUGUUUAUUUGUGUUGUUGGCAGUAGUAGUGCCAGCGGGUGCAGCGCAAAAUGGAAUGUGACACCCGUUUAGUGUCGCCACGCCGCAACGGAUGCUUCCAGUGUACACAGCAUCAUUGAUUAUAAUGGGUUCUAUUGCUUUUGAUGCGACACAAUGUGCCGCUCGCGUCCGGUGUAGACAGGGUGUAAGUGGGAUCCAUGAGGGAUGAGUUACCACGGUGUGUUCUGUUUAACAUGUUGUGCUGAGGCCAGAAUCAUAAAUGCACUGCAGCAGCUUCAAAUGCUGUUGUCCACGAUGUUUAUCAUUGAGAAACGUUCUUUACACAUCUCAAGCUGUCUUCCUGAAUUUGUGAUAUUCACAGCAAAGGAAUAUUUUUCUUAAUCAGUAUUUUCUGUCUUGUUGUCCAGUAAAAAAUGUAAACAUCCUUAAAAAAAGAUAAGCAAAAACUAAACUAGAUGAGAUAUUAGGCCAUAUGUACUGUAUCCAUCUUUAUCCUGAACGCGGAAGUGUUCUACAAUUCGACUGUUUUCAAUAUCUGGUAUCCAGUGUUUUCACUCGCAUCGGCGUAUAUUCUUAAUGGGUAAUGUGAUGUUUAAAGUGUUACAUUUGUAAACAUUUUGAAAAAACAGGGACGAGAUGACGUUUUUUUAUUGACAGUGGCUCACCUGGAUGUGUAGAUGAAGCGAUGGUCCAAGGUUAGUUACUUUAAUAUCAUGAACUACUUUGAGUAGUUUAGAAUGACAGCCAACAACUGCACAAGUUCAUUUUUACUCCAAAUAACACUUAAAUGGUUGUUGUUCUCCAUCUGGAUCACUAGUUUUGGCAGUUUUUACAUUGCGUCUCGAGACCAGAAACAGAAAACAGGCAAUUAGAAUCAUCAUGGCGCCGCUCAGUGGUUGCUAAGUAAAACUGUGGAUAUUUUGGCCAUUUACAAAAUGGAUAGUUCCAGUCCUGUAUGCUGACUGGUCAGCAGCCAUGUUUUAUCAGAGACUAUUUAGCAAAGAUGGGUCACUUCUAUUAUAAUGAAUGAGAGAAAUUGGAACGCCCAACGGUCAACGGAUGUAGAAAGGAAGUCCCACCUUAGAGGUAAAAGAGCCAAUCACCUUUUAGAUACAGACAUCGCCUGUCAAUAAACUCGAGAAUGCACAUGCGCAUUACAAGCCGAGAAAAAAUAAAUUUUUUAGCGUAAUCUGAAGAAGCACAAUUUAUGAUACCAGUAUAGUCAAAUUUUACUGCUGAUUUGAAAUAUGUUCUUUGAUCGUAAUCUUGACCAACUGUUUUUGAGAUUUUGGUUCCUCCCCCAUUCAAGUAGAUAGAUAGAUAGUAGACUGGCAUGCCGCUUGUUUACAUAGAAAAAUAGCCGCCCUGGAGCAUGCCAAAGAUGGCCGCCGAGUGAACUGACUUGCUAAAAAGACUUUGGUUGUAUCAAAGUCUUUCUAGCAAGUCAGUCCACUUUAUUUUUAUAAAUAAAAAUGUUUUAAGAUACCAAUUGAAUGACAAAAUAUUAACGUGACAGUAAUAAACAUAAACUUCUAUCUUGGUGUGGCCUGGUGCUGCUAAGAAACUACUUUAUGGCUCAACAGCUUGCAGCCAUAGUGCUCUUCUUUGGGCUUAUAUUUCUGUCAGUUGGCAAUAAAAACUCAGUUUCGGGUUUUCGUCAUGUUUUUCAUUGUUAAAAAAAGCCAAAUCUAUCGGAUAUUUCUCCCCAUUUUCCACAUAGGAAUGUAUGAGUAAUUAUGGUAACAGCGCUUUGCUUCCCCCCACGAGUGGGCGGGGCCUCCUUGCUGGCAGUUAUUCUUGUUGCCUAGCAACGUUCUGUUUAGUGUUUACUACCAAGGACUAUAUUUUUGGCAGAAGGAUGGCAUUUAAUGGUUUUACUUAGAAAAUGUACAAUUUUAAUAAACUCCCUCACAAAAAAAUAUAGAGUUGCCGCAAACUUGCCGCAAUUUCGCCACUCAUUAAUUUUCACAUGCAACUCCUCGUUGCCAAAGGUUUGCUGCAGGUUCACCACUACUGGUGACUUUUCCCCUGUUUGUCGGACCGCGAUGAGGCUCACCUGAACCUAUUGAAGAGCCUUUAAACAACUAGCACACCUCUCCUAGGGAGACUGGUCUCUACCUGCUGGUGUCUUUGCAGGUCUACAAACAGAGUGGUGAGGGUCCGGUGCGAGUUAGAUGCAACGGCGGGGAUUGGAGCAUGCAUCGCGGCCGACGGGCCAGGAUGCCGCGCCGCUAUUCCCCUCAAGUGCCAAGGCCCAGGGAAGCCGAGUGAAGCCACAGCCCCACGUGCCUCAGACCAAGGAGGGGAGCGCAUUGUGGCGUCAGGACCCCGCCAACUAUCACCUGAACCUUCCCCUGUCUUCACUACUCUUCCUUCACAUAGCCCUUUCUACAUCGAAGGCCCCAGAUUCCCCUUUGUUUUGGACAUUUUAAAUAAAUGUCACACCCACUGUGUGCGUCUCUUGCUCACCCCACCAAACAGUGUUGUCAGAUUUGACUGCUUAUUUGAAAUAUGUUCUUUUAUCGUAAUCUUGACCAACCGUUUUGGAGAUUUCGGUCUUUCCCCAUUCAAGUAGAUAGGAGCUGCACUUUCAUGCCGCUUGUUUACACAGAAAAAUAGCUGCAAAACUGCCCAAGAGCAUUCCAAAAAUGGCCACCAAAUGGACUGACUUACCUUGAAAAAGAGACUUUGUUGAAAGGAUCCAGAAAUACGUCCGGACCAUUCUAAUUCCUUUGUUUUUGUUUACAUUCUUGUAAUGGUCUAUAAUCAUGGCUGAAUGGGUUGCAGGUGUUACUCCGUUUCGCGUCGUGCGUAACAACACCAUUCUGCCCUGACUAUAUUCACAAUAUAGCACAGCCUCUCAUGCAUUAUUGCUUAAAUAUAUUAUAUAUUAUUGUUUGCACAGAUCAAAGCACAAAUAACAACAUUUAGUGAGGUUUAUGCUUAAAACAAGAAGAAAAAUUUAUUCAACUUAGUUCUCUGAAAAGGUCUUAUUAUUUUACACAAUUUUGCCUAAUGUGUAAAUAUAUGUUGGUUUAAGGAUGUUUAGAUAUUUUUACUGAACAAAUAAGACAAAAAAUAUUGAUUAAAGGAAUGUUCCAGGUUCAAUGAAAGUUAAGCUUGAUCAAUAACAUUGUGGAUUACCAAAAAAAUAAUAAUAAUAAUAAUAAUAAUAAUAAUAAUAAUAUAUAAUAUAUAUAUUAGAUAGAUAGAUAGAUAGAUAGACAGAUAUGUGUGUGUGUGUGUGUGUGUGUGUGUGUGUGUGUGUGUGUGUUUGUGUGUACAUUUUUAUUUCAUACCGUCCCUUGUUUAUUUAAAAACAAACAAACAAUCGAGGUUACAGUGAGGCACUCACAAUGGAAGUGAAUGGGGCUAGUCCAUAAACAUUAAACAUAAACAUUAUAAGUGUGAACAUUAUUUUAGUGUUAUAAAAUCAGGGAUUUUUUGUUGUUAUGCCGUUUACCACAUUACAGGGCUUACCAAUGUUACAUCGGCAUGACAACGUAGUCGUAAUAUUGCAUAUAACUUUACACUGAUAAGGUUAGUAAGCCAUUUUAUCACACUUAAAUCAUGUUAAACUGUAUAAUGUUUACAUCUUGUGGCUAUACUUUUGAAACAGUGUGUAUUUUAAUGUUUAUGGACUGGCCCCAUUCAGUUCCAUUGUAAGUGCCUCACUGUAACUUCGAUUUUUUAUUGAUUUUUUUUAAGGGAUGAGACCAAAUACAUUUUUAUGGUAAUCAACAUUAUGCCACAAAUGCUGUCAUUCGAGCUAACUUGUAUUGAACCCAGAACAUUCAUUUAAGAAAACAUUUUUUGCAGUGUUUUCUCUCGGAGGAAAAUAAAUCCUUUAUUAUGAAGAAUUGCACUGACUCUUUUAACUUUUUUUUUUAUUUGUAGCUUUUAUUUGUUUUUUAUUCGUAGAUAUAGCUUCACCCACAUAACAUGAGCUGAUGAUGUGAGUGGCGUCCAGGUGGAGGUUUCCCUUUUAACUAGUCCUUAUCUUAACUAGUAUUAGAGGUAAAACUGAUCCCAGAUCAUUUUAAAAGGGCACCCUUCACCUAUGCCCAGGAUUUUUAGGUGACACUUAUUUUAUUUUUAUUAGGGCAAUAGUGCCAGUGGUGGAGACACCAACAUUGUCACACUAGAGCUGUUUAUUGUUAUUGUUGUCUAUGAUGAUGAUGAUGAUGAUGAUGUCGAUAUUGUUGAUCCACUACGAUGUAUUGUAACACAUUACUGUAGUGGCAAAUAAAUUAUUUAAGU